AUGACUUCGUUGGAACAAGAGUACACCGAAGCCAACCUAGCGGCAACCUCUGGCCCAGACGUUCAAGAUUACUACAAAGGCACAACAGAGCAAAGCUACGACAACCAAGAGUACUACGAACAGUACUACCAGGACCAACGACAGAGCCACUCUGAAGAAACAGAUGUAGUAGGCGCCGGAGAAGGAGGAGGAUAUGAGCUUUCUCAAGAAGGGGGGUCCAAAAUCGACACAACCACAACAGAAGAUCAAAUGGUGAUGGUAUCUGAACCUCAAGAUGUACAACAAGAGCAGCCGUUUUAUGUCAAUGCCAAACAAUAUCACCGGAUUCUCAAACGAAGAAUUGCCAGAGCAAAGUUGGAGGAGACCUUGAAGAUCGCCAGAACCAGGAAACCGUAUCUCCAUGAAUCAAGACAUAAGCACGCCAUGAGAAGACCCCGAGGUCAAGGAGGGAGGUUUUUAACCGCAGCAGAAAUCGCCGAGUUGGAACGAGCAAAGAAAGUGAAGGAAAUGGAAGACCAGAAUGAUCUGAAACUGGACUCUGUAAACACCGAUGAUGGAGAAACUGUUAAUAAUUCCGAAACUAUUGUUAAGCUUGAACAGUAG